GCCUUGGUCAUAUACGUCUAUCCUGAAGCCAUUAGCCAGCAGUAACCAUUCCUGAAGCUAAACCAGCAAGCCUGCCUGGCUCCAGCAAGGUUCUAUAGUAUUGCUGCGACUCGGAGGUGGUCGAAACGCGUUUUGGAGCAUUAAUGCAUCAUCUUGCGUCGCCUCGUCGAUCGCAGCAUGGCGACCAAUAACGUAGCGGAGGAGGAAGACGCAGGCCAGCUAAAGCUUGGAUCAGAGUUCAGUCGAGCCAAAUGCCUCAUGAACGCCGAGGUCGCUCUCAUCCUCGAUAAGAAGCUCGAGAGCCUCCGGGAAAACAACGUCGACCCCAUGCUACAGCUUAACUCCGUGCUGGAGAAGUCGCUACAGUACGUGAAGCGAUUCAGCCGGUAUCAGAACCCUCAGGCGGUCAAACAAGUCCGGGAGGCAUUGGCUGGCAAGGGCAAGCUGCAUGAAUUUGAAGUGUGUGUAAUAGGCAACCUUGCUCCAGACACUGUGGAUGAAGCCAAGUCUCUCGUGCCUUCACUAGCCAUGGACGGCAGGGAUCCUCCGAUUGAUGAUGACCAGAUUGAGGCGAUGCUUCAAGAUCUAAAAACUAUCCGCACAUUUGAAUAGGAAGCUCAGCCCACUCUUAUCCUCGGGAGUGGGCUGCUCACACUAAUCCUUGGGAGAGACAAAUCCACCCAAGCUCCCAAAGUAAUCCACCCACGCCCAUCAUUCCUAUCCAUUUUAUUAGGGCGGAUUCCUUCGAAGUGGGAUUCAGCGAGGUCGGAUCUAGUUUCAUGCACUACCAAACCGAACUGCACUGAAUGUGCAUUUUCAACAAUUGCAAUGCACUGUACUGUGCGCGAUGGGUCCAACUCUGCUGGAUCCAACUUAGUAGGAAUUCCGCCCUUAGUAAUU